GCAGUAAUUGCCUGUUGCGCAUCUGUCCGGGACAAUGCGAAGAACAGCUUACUCGAAGAUCCCUACGAAGUACAAACACCUACGGGCAUAAUAAACGUCAGACGGUUAAUACUACGCUAACGAGGCGAAGACAAACUUGCCUCCGCGGAGCUUAACCUUCUUUCACGACCCGAGACGCCUGGACUACUGCAGAUGCCAGGGCCCCAGACUAUAACCUCUGAGGACACGCUGCCGGGAUAACGUGGGCGCUCAGACUUCGGAACCGACGAUUACAUAUAGCUAGUUGCGCCGUCUUCUAAUCCCAUAGGCCAACGUUCACGACAAGGCGCCUCCUUCCCCCUUCCUCUUCUCCGACAAACGACCAGAGGCCCCCAUGGCGCGUCGGCGACGACCGCCUCGCGCGGGCGCCAUCUCCGAGCUCCCACCACUCAAGAUCCUAAGCCAGAUUGCCGCGUUGCAGGGGCUAUACUACGCCGGGGCGCUGGCGUUAAUGCUCUUUACCGCGCUGGUCGCGGGAAUCAAGUUCAACUUGGAUCUUGUGUUUGGGUGGGAUGCGGUGCGCGGCGACACGACGCAAGGGUGGAUGCUGGGGUUUAUCUGGGUGUUGGAUGGGGGCUUGUUGAUGGCUGUUGCGAUUGUGAUCCUGAUCGGCCGAUCGAAACUCGUGCUCGACUUCGCGUUAUCGCUACACGCCAUCCACUUGGUCAUCGUGACUUUAUACUCGGGCCAACUGCCGCGUCACACUGCGUGGUGGAUUUCUAUGGCGGCAGCGAGUGCGGUCUCGGUUGCGUUGGCGACAUGGGGCUGCCGCUAUCGCGAGUUGAGGCCAAUAUCGUUUGGUGGGGGAGGCGCAGCGUCGGCGACUGGGGGAAACGGAGGAGAGCAUGGCAACCAUGAUGGUGGUGAGGGCGGCGAUGAUGAAGAACAGGGUUUCUCGCGUGGAAGAGGACGAGGGAGAGGAAGGGACGGCGCCGGCGAGUACGAGAUGGUCAACAUGGACGGCGGCGGGGGAAGGUAGCAUACGGAAUUGUACGGCGCUGGAAAGGAGAGUCUAGCUGGUACAAGGAACUGAAGCGCUUUUGUAAGGCGUUGCGGUUCCGUCUCUGGAUGAGAUUUCGGUUCAAUGUCUCCUGGGUUUGAUUUCGCCGGCCGUACGAAGUAUUCUUCUCUUCACACGGGAAGGACAACAGAUGGUCAGGGAUAAUUCCAGGGUUGCGCAUCCCGAAGCUUGAGACGCGCUGUCACGCGUGUACUUCAUGCCACCACGCCGUCGCUGAUAGGGAACGUUUUAUCGCAAAGAACCCUAACCCUCACAUCUCAGAAUGCCUCUGUCGGUCUGUCCACGCCCGAAGGGCCGAGAGGGACGGCUAGGUCCG